AUGGGAGCACGUCUCACUUGUUCGUGCUCACAAGCAGAGUGCUGGACGAAUGAUGAAUCCACACUGAGAAUCGACGCAGAGCUGUUUGAAUUGUCACAAGACGGACAGAAGUGGGAAAAAUUGGAUGGCCGUUUGGCAAACGUGCGUGUAUUCAACGCUUUCGAUGAUUCUCAGCCACGUCUUCUGGCAACAUCUUCAUCCGGCCAAGUUCUUCUGGAUACUUUGAUUCCAAUGGGAGAAAAGAUUCAUAAGGUCAGUGACUUCUUCGUUUAUCUCAAUGCUGACGGAAGAACAAUUGGAUUCAAUACACUAAGUUUCAAAGACACUUCACUGCUUAUUUCACAGAAUUUCCAAGUUUCUGAGUCCUUAAAAUUUCUGAGUAUUUUUUUUCCAAAUUUCCCAACUUCCCAAGAUUUCUCAACAUCUGAAUACCAGGAUUACCGAAAUUUCAAAUUUUCUAGAAUUCUGAAAUUCUAA